UAGGCGAUAACAGUUAUCUAAGAUAAUUGUUUUGUUUCGUAUCGUGGAAAUCGCUAUCUGGGGAAGUGAAAUGAUCAAUAUUUUGCCUGGAAAUGUGAGAUUUUGUUCAAUCGUCCUCAUUGUGAGUAUCCUGGGCCUACUAAGUGGACUGACGCAACAUUGGCCUUCGCCAAUCUUUUCCCAGCUUUCAACCAAUGAAAACCCGCUGGGGCGUGCCCUUACAGCCGCUGAGCAAAACUGGAUGGUCUCCCUACCCUACUUAGGAGGUCUGCUAGGGCCUCCUAUGUCUGGACUCAUCAUGGAAAAAUGGGGACGAAAAUCUGCGCUGUUUGGGGCCUACGUAACGGGGGUUGUCUGCAGCCUGGCUGCCGCUUUGGGGACCCAAACCUGGCACCUUUACCUAUCCAGAGCGACUGCUGGAAUGAGCGCCUAUUCCGGAAUAAUUGUUGCUGCUGUCUAUCUAGGAGAGAUUGCCGAUGAGAGGUAUAGAGGAGUUGUGUACUCCUCCAUUCCCCUAUCUGUGAGCGCUGGGAUGCUGAUGUGUUUCUGGAUAGGAUUGUACGCGUCCAUUGCGCAGCUGCACUUUACAAUCCUGGCAGUGGCUUUGCUGGGUUUAAUGCUGACUGGGUUUCUUCCAGAGUCUCCCUACUAUUUGCUGCAGCGGCUCCAGUCUGGAAAUGCUGGAAAGUCGUUAAGCUUGCUGCGCAAUAGCGACGAUAUUCUAGGCGAGUUGACGCUGAUUCAGGCCCAUGUUGCCAAAACUGGAAACCUGCAGUCCAAAGCUGUGCGGAAGUCUUUGGGAAUUGUGCCAGGGUUGGUGGUUUUGGCGCAGUUUUCUGGCAGCGUUGCCAUAAGAGGAAACAUCCGGUCGCUUUUCCUGAAAACCGGGUGGUCGAUUAGUGACAACGCCGCAGGCGUUGUCAUUGGAAUUAUCCAGAUAUGUUCCAGUGUUUUCACCAUGGGGGUUGACUGGAUGGGGCGCAAGAACAUGCUGACGUUCGCCUCCUUCGGUCUGGCUUUUCUCCUGGGAAUCUUGGGAAUUUACUUCCAAUUCCUGGAUGAAUCUCUGGAGAACUAUGCAGAAAUCACUUGGCUUCCCCUGCUGGUCUUUAUGGGAUAUUUCCUGUUGUUCUACAGCAGCCUUAGCAGCCUGCCCUUAUUGUAUAUCACGGAAAUUAUGCCUUUGAACAUCAAAAGCCUAACUGGAGGAUUUUUGAUGGCUCUCCAGAGCCUUUUGAGUUUCCUGCUGGUAUUCUUCUACGACCACAUGGUGAAAGGCUUGGGAACCAGCGGUUAUUUCUACGUGUCCUCCAUAGCUAUGUUAGGGCUGGCUUUGUACGUGCAGAUAAUGCUGUUUGAGACCAAAGGGAGAAGUUUGGAUGAGAUCUUUAUCCAAAUGAACAAGUCCAAGAGGUCCAAGGGGGCGUUUUCCAAAAAUGCCCCGGAAAAUUGUGAAAACCUGUGAAUGGUUCCUUACAGAAGAGUCUCACCUGAACACGCAAUAAAAUAGUGAAAAAAAUGUACUUUGGAUAAUAAAAGACUUUAGAAGGUCAA